AUGAAAUGCGAUCGUUGCGGUCUUGACAAAUCAAGUGAUUCUUUUAAAAGCGUAAACUCCAAUAAACACAAUAUUCUAAAAACAUGCAUUGAUUGUCGUAACCAAAUUUCCACUAAUAAUAAACGAAAGAAGAAUGAAAAUCGAAAUAAAAUUAUAAGAACCAAUCAAGAAAAUGCAAUUGCACCGGAAAACCUUGUAGAUUUUAUUUUCAACGCUCUUCUGGAAGACUAUAACCCUGAUUAUUUAUUUGAGCAAAAAGUUUUCAUAAUUCUGGAUCCAUUAUUACAUAUUGUCGAUACAAAUUUAGAAGAUCAAGUAGACAAAGAGGUUGCACAACAUAUAAUUAAGCUUAUUUCGAAGGCUGAUAAGUUUUCUUGG